AAGUACCCUCUUUAUAUUUUCAUUCCACUCUAAACUUUAAUCACAUUAUCCCAUAUACAGUAAACAUAAUGUGCUGCGUAAACGUUCCUGUUUUCAGUUUAAAUAAAAUCCAGGAGAGAGCGCUAUUACUUUAAGUGGCAUUGCAACAAUUUGACUGGAAAUUGUGUGCAUGUUGUUGUGAUGUUUGUUUGUAACAUUCAACAGAAACUCAGACGGCUCUCCAGUAAAUGCAUUUUCAAGUGAUGUGAUAAGUGGAGAAUGGUUAAUGCAUUCCUGUACCAUUUUCUGUUUUUAUUGGUAAGCAGAAUGAAAGAAUAGACCAUAAGCACAUACAAGGGUUAUACCUAAAUCUGGAUUUUAGAAUUUAAGUUUUAAAUUCUUAAAAUACCAACAUUUUAGCCAAAAAGGUUUGCUGUGAGUGUAUGGGGAACAUACACUGCCUGGACACUUUAUUAGGACCUGGUACACUCUGAUGACCAAUGUCUUAGUGAAGCCUAAUGACAUGACUGUCCUUGGGACUGUAGCACCUGCUCAGCGUUCACCGAUCACAUGUCACUUUAUAUGAUCAACCUAAUCUGCAACUCGCCGAUGACCAAUCCAAUCGGCACUUUCUACUGAAGUGGCCAGGUAGUGUACGUACUGUAUGUGUGCAGGUAAAUGUCCAUUUAUGUUUGAAAUGCAGCAUUACAAUUGAGUUUGCAAGGUAGCAUUGCAUCGCUGUGAUAAUCUUCAAUGACAUACAAGAUUAAACUCUUAAUCAUUGUUAUAAAAAGAUGAAAUGGCCUAAUAUGCCAAAAUCUGGAAACUGAUUUACUACUACUGAUAGAAGAGAAUGUUAUCAGGUUUAUUUUAUUAUUUACAAUAUAUUUACAGAAAUAGAUUUUUGUGUGAAUUCAAAACAAAAGCUGUCACUAAAUCCUAAAGGGAAACAUACUAAAUAGCUGUUGUACACUGUUAUGAAUAGAUCCGGACUCUGUAACGUCACAUAAAACAUAAUUGUAAUAUGUUUUAUAGAUAAAGAAAAAGGCAAAUAAGUGAAAAAACGUGUUGUUAAGGAGGCAAGAGCAUUCUCAUUUAUAGGGUAUCGUAGUAUCCUAUAGAAUACUGAAGACAUUUGUAUGUUCUUGAGGGCAUCAGAACAGAAUUCAUGGCAACUUACUUUUAAAUGAGUCAUGGUGACUCAUUCUGUUUAGAUAGGAUAAUAAAACAACAUUACCAAAGAUUUGGGUAAUAUUAGACUAUGUGACAGGAUAGCGUCAUGGCCCAAGGUGUUACCAGCAGGAAGGAGGCUCGGGGUCAAGAAGCUGCAGUUUAAGCGGUAAAGCGCACAUUUAUUAAACACAAAAACAGGAACAAACAAAACAGGCACGAGGGAUAAAAUAAAGGUUUCAACAAAAUACACGUAACAUAGGCUGGGCAUUCACCUUCACUAUAAUUACAAACACAGGUCACAGGUCACCAAACUCCCUCCUACAAACAAAGGAGUUCUGCUCCCAUUUAUACAGGUGACCACUCCCCAAUUGGCCUUGGGGAAUGCCAUACCUGUGAUUGUUGGCAUCCUUGCCAACCUUACAUUCCCACACACACACUAUUUACUCAAGCAGGGCUUUUACACUGCCACAGAUAAGAAUAAGGCUAUUAAAUAAUAAUAUGAAAUACCAAUAUUUUAAUUAUUUCACAGGUUAUUCGUCCCCUUUUUUCCUUUUGUUCGUGUUGUGUAUAAGGAUAUGAAUUAAAGCCUUUGGUGAUGUAGUUUACUACGUGCAAUGGACCAGUUUAUAUCAGAGUUCAGGCCAAAUAUAAUACAUAUAAAAAAACUCACCUAUGUUCUUGGCUCAGUUAUCUGGUGAAAACUCUGAAAAUAAAAUUUGCAGUUUUCAGAAGUCAGCAGGUGUGGCUUUUCAACUUUGGACUCCAUUGAAACCCACUUUCUGAAUGACACUCUGACCAGGAGGAUAACAGGGAUAAAAGUCCUUGGCAACACUACUCUUCCUAUUGUAGCACCUGUAUCACACAGAGACUGGGCUGGCUCAUUGGCUGCACCAUGUAUCUCCUUUCCUACUUUUUGCUUCUGUGUGUCACCUGCUGUGAACUGAAGCCAAAGGACAGCCUGGAAUGGGCAGCUGAGAGGGAGAACAGAAUCGAGGCGAUCCAGAGAGGUAUUCUGCAGCAGCUUGGACUAGAGAAACCUCCUGUGGUGGAUCUGAACAUUACCCAGAGCGAGGAGGAACAGGUGUACAGUCUUUACCUCCAGCGUGUGGGAUGUGAUGGAAAAAACAGGAAGAUGAGAGACAGCAGCCAAAACAGAGGGACAAACAUGUUGGUCCAUGUUAAAGGAAAGUUUUUUGAAAAGGACAAUGAGAAAAACAGCAAAAAGAAAACAAACAAGCAGCUACUUUUCGACCUGAAUGCAUGCAGAUAUAAAGAAGUCGAAGUCAAAAGAGCAGAGCUUAAACUUUUCUUGGGUCCAAGACACAGCAAAGGGUCUGAGACAGUGCAACGAAUCACAAUCUACCAGGUGCUGAGUCCCAGGGAAUCCAAACGCUUGAUGGUGGCUUCAGGACUCAUAAGUGCACAAGAAGCCGGGCAGCCAGACAUUUUUAACAUCGAGAAAUCCGUUAAACAUUGGCUAGCACACCCGCAAGACAACUAUGGCCUUGAGCUGGAGUUUUCCCAUGAUGUCAUAAACCACAAUCAAGAGGCUGGUGUUGGGGCGGAAUUAGAAAUAGAAGGAUAUCAGUUUUUAAAAAAGAGAAGGACUCGGAGGGACAGCCCCUCUGAAGACUGCCAUAAGAAUGAGAAGCGCUGCUGCAGGAAAUCUAUGCAAGUGUCUUUUGAGGAGAUUGGCUGGGCGGAUUGGAUCAAAGUCCCUAAAGUUUACGAUGCCUUCUACUGCGAUGGCACGUGCCCGCCUAAAUACAAAAACGCCAAUGCGUACACAGAGAUCAAGUCCAAGAUGCAUCACCUCUCUCACGGCCACAUUCCCGAACCUUGCUGUGUCCCUGCUGAUUAUGUACCUUUAACAGUCAUGCACAUUAACACAGAGGGCAAGCUAACAAUCUCUGCACUGGAUGGUAUGAUUGCAUCCAAAUGUCACUGCUCUUGAUUAUGCCUACCUUUUUUUUUUAUCUGUGUACAGUAUUUGAAUAUUUAUUUUAAGGUACCAUUGUAUUUAUUUGUAUUUUUUGUGAAAUGAAAAU